AUGAUAACCUUAAAGCGAAAUACACAGAAUGGUUAUACUAAAAAAAACAAAACUGGAAACCUUUAUAAUCCACAAACAAAUACUUUUAACUUAACAAAUGAGGAGUGGGAGGACUUUAAAAAGGGACAUCCGAAAGCCGCUUCUUUGAAAACCGUCCCAUUAGUGUUUCCAGAGCUUUAUGCAGAACUCUUUGAUGGAAACAGUGCAUCUGAUGAGGAUGAUUUCUUUUCCAGUCAUACUAGUGAGCAUUUUACUCAACCUCCACCUUCUGGUGCUUCACCUUCUGCUGAUUCACCUUCUGGUUACCCCAACAAAAGGGUUAAACCCUCAACUCCUAGACCUCGAGCUCCUAGUGCCUAA